AUGCAGGAAACAAAAACAUUACCAAUCAUUGGUUGCGUCCACCUCGGACUCGGGUCUCUAGCGCCAGAUCUGGAACCUGGGAGCACACGUUUCCGGGGCAGGGGUGGCGCUGUCCCGCCGAGCGUCAGCCUUGAACACUCACGCUUACACGCAGGCUCUCGCGGGCGGGCAGCGUCCUCCCCGCUGGGAUGGGCGUGGGGCCCAGCGCUCCGCACACCGUCCCCACCGGGCUCGCACGAAGCCACCCGCGGUCACCCGGGCUCGCGGCGAGUGAGCCGCACUGUCGUCAUUCAUUCGCAGUGUCCGGAGCGUCCUUCCAGCUCGCUGCCCCGACGCGCGGUGUCCACGAACGGUGAUCUCGGGCUCGGCGGCAGCUGGAGACCACGGCAGCUUGGGAGCUCGGGUCCCCGCACCAGCUCGCCCUUGAACGCCGCCGCGCCCCGAGACCGAGCCCAGCCGCUCGCUCGCGCCGCGGUGGGCCGGGCCGGGCUUCGAGGCUGCGCGCCCGGCGAGUGCGGCGCCGCGGGGAGGAUGCUGCUUGCUCGGUCCCGAUCCCCGUCGUCGUUCCCGGGCGCCCGCUGGGUCUUUGUCGCGGGCCAGGCGCCGCGGGCCGCCGUCUGCUGA